AUGGCUCUCAAUAGUCACUUUAGUGCAGCCUUUGCCAACUAUAUGAACAAUUCGAACAAUCCGAACAGUGGUAAUGGUAACAACAACGGUGGAAAUGAUGAUGAUUAUUCUGUUGCUGUAAAAAUCAAUAGACAGAAACUUCCGAUCCGUGUGAUCCGUAACAUACAGGAAAGUUAUUUGAAAGGAAAGGCUUUGUUUCAAGCUUUUGGAGAACAUCAAUUUGAUGUUCAGGGUAAUAUCAACACAUGUGCCUUUGUGAGCGGAACGGGAGAAUAUAUCGUGAAAAUCAGUUCAGGUGCUCAUCAUACUCUCAUGUUAACGAAUGAUGGCAAGAUACUGUCUUUUGGAAAGAAUCUUGAUGGACAAUUGGGUAUUGGAGAACGCAAAGCAAUUUUUCAAAAAGAUAUUUCUGUAGCACAACCACAGUAUCAAUUUAGUGACGAAACGGCAAUAGAUGUUUGCUGUGGCUCAAAUCAUAGCGUUAUUUUAACAAAUUAUGGAAACAUCUUGGCAUGUGGUUGGAACGAAUUUCAUCAAUAUGGAACAACAGUGGGCAAUGACGCUUCUAAAUUUUCAUAUGUGGAAUAUAACAAUGCUGCUCAAAUGAUUCGUUGUGGAAAUAAUGCCACAAUUGUUUUGAGUGUUGACAAUGAAUUAUCAAUGUGUGGUACUGGCAUUAUUGAAAAAGGUCGUGCCUUCAACAGUUUAACUUCGCUUGAGGAUUUUUCAAAGCUACUUUCGUCAUCAGAACACAUUAGUGAUAUCCAAUGUGGAGCAGAGCAUAUCGUUGUGAGAACAUCAUUCAAUAGCAUUUAUGUCGUUGGACAAAAUACGUACCAUCAGUUAGGAUCGUCAUUUUCAGAACAUAGAAGAUUUGUCGAUAUUACUAAAAAGCUUCCAUUCAAAAGAGAUGAGCUACUGAGCUUUGCAUGUGGACUGUAUCAUACACUCUUUCUUUGCAAGAGCGGAGCUGUAUAUGUUUCAGGAUAUAAUGGGUAUGGUCAACUUGGUAUUGGAACAUUGAGAGAUUCUGACUUUGAACUCGUGACAGAUUUUUACAAAUAUGACUUGACAUCGGUAUAUCGGCAAGGAGUUCUCUCUACUUUUGACACUUCCAUGAUCACAUAUACAUGCCAUGUUAUUGACAAUGAGGACAAAUCUCAGUACACGAUUGAUCAGAAUGAAAUUAUCAAACAGGUAUAUGCUGGCUCAAACCAUUCUUUGCUUGUGAGCAAUCUUGGAAAUAUUUAUUCAUUUGGAUUUGGCAGAUUUGGACAGCUCAAUUUGAAUACAUCACAAGAUAAUAAUCCUCAUGUCACACAAAUGUUUUUACCAAAAUCUAUGAUCGAUACUACGAUUUUCUCCAACUCUGCAGCAAAUAUUACAAUUCUAGCUGACCGACAACCAAUUAAUUCUUGGAUGUACAACAAUUUGAGAAAGCGAGCAAGACAAGGCGAGCUAUUUGAUAUCAAAGCUUAUUGUCAAAAUUAA